CCGCGGGACAGUCAUCCUCGACUCUCGAGCUCCCUGAAUUUCCUCCCACGACAAUUAUCGCAAUGAGCUCUCUUCAAGGUGCAGCUCGUUCAGCAUCCCGGAGCUGGAAAGCUACGGGGCUAUUGAGGCAGAGCGACGCUGUCUCGAGCUUUGCCGCAAGAAAUCGGUUUCCGAUUAUAUCAUCGUCUGUGAGGAGUAAAGCAUUGCACACUGCCCCGGCUCGCAAAUCGCAGUCUGCUACUGCAGAGAAAGACUCUUCCAAUCCCGCUCUUUCAUUCCCCUGUCUCGACGCCCAGGAAGCAAAGUCGGCGCUUCUCUCCGCUCGCUCUCUCGAGUCGGGCCCCGAGCCCUCCUACACCACCGGCCACCAUGAGCGAUUCCACUGCCAGGAGCCAUUGUUGCUCGACUGGGGUGGUGUUCUGCCGGAAUUCGAUGUCGCAUAUGAAACUUGGGGUCAACUGAACGCUGAUAAGAGCAAUGCUAUCCUCCUGCACACCGGUCUCUCCGCUUCGAGUCAUGCCCACAGCACCGAGGCAAACCCGAAACCCGGCUGGUGGGAGAAGUUCAUCGGACCCGGUCUACCAUUGGAUACAAACAAAUACUUUGUGAUUUGCACGAACGUUCUUGGAGGCUGUUACGGAAGUACCGGGCCCUCGUCUGUUGACCCUUCAGACGGAAAGAGAUACGCGACCCGAUUCCCGAUUCUGACUCUUGACGACAUGGUGCGGGCACAGUUUCGUCUCUUGGAUCACCUUGGUGUGCAGAAAUUGCAUGCGUCGGUUGGAUCGAGUAUGGGAGGCAUGCAGAGUCUUGCGGCUGGUGUCUUGUUCCCUGAGAGAGUUGGCAAGAUCGUCAGUAUCAGUGGAUGUGCCCGUAGUCACCCGUACAGUAUCGCCAUGAGACAUACUCAGCGUCAAGUCCUGAUGAUGGAUCCUAAAUGGUCCCGAGGCUUCUACUAUGACUCCAUCCCGCCGCACUCUGGAAUGAAGUUGGCUCGAGAGAUCGCUACUGUCACCUAUAGAAGUGGACCGGAGUGGGAGAUGCGGUUUGGGCGCAAGCGUGCGGACCCAAGCAAGCAGCCUGCCCUUUGCGCCGACUUCCUUAUCGAGACCUAUCUGGACCAUGCAGGAGAGAAGUUCUGUCUGGAAUAUGACCCUAACAGUUUACUCUACGUGUCCAAGGCAAUGGAUCUCUUUGAUCUCGGCCACUCCCAUCAAACAGAGACCAAGAGACGCAGGGCAGAAUUUGAAGCCAGAAUCGCUCAGGGAGGCCAGACCGUGGAUCACGACGACGUCGCCUGCAGUCUGACCUUGCCCGAAAAGCCAUACCAAGAACAGCCCUCGGCGACCGUCUCUACCCCAUCAACGGAGCAAUCCGUAUCAGGUGGAGAAGCUGGCCCAGAAGCACCACCCCAGGAUCUUGUUGCCGGACUUUCUCCGCUCAAGAACCACCCUGUUUUGGUGCUGGGUGUUGCUAGCGACAUUCUCUUCCCUGCCUGGCAGCAGCGUGAGAUUGCCGCAACCAUACGGGCUGUUGGUAACAAGGGCGUUGAACAUAUUGAACUUGGCGAGGAUGUCUCGAUGUUCGGACACGACACAUUCCUUUUGGACUUGAAGAACAUCGGUGGAGCAGUCGGCAGAUUUUUGUAAUGAGCUGCGCAGGAGAUGAAAUUUGUUAAUAUGUAUCUUGUGCUUUAUGAAGCGAAAAUGAUUCGAGUGUUGCAUUUUAGGCGUUGUUUUAUAUCCUAUACCUUCCACCAAUAUGCCUAUAUUCUAUGCUUUGGAAAUACCUUGUUUGUCACAUACUCCUCUCUAGCCAUUGUAUCUUGUGGAAGCUACAAAAUCGAUUUCAUUGGAAUAAUAACAAAAUUUUAUAGAAAUGCCCUCGGAUUAGC